AUGUUGAAAGAAGACGAAGAAAAAGCCUUUGCACUAUUUGAUGUUCUUAGGCCUAAAUUUGAGAUUGUAGAGCAGUGCUACAUUAGCGCUAGACAGAAAACCUUCGCUCAUAUAGAAGCUCGUCCUCAGUUCGCUCAUCUUGUCCCUGAGGAGGCAAAGAAGCAGUCUGCUUGUCCUCACUGGACGCCAAUAACACAAGAACCAACAUUGCCUGCAAACAUCCCAUCGUCGCCUUGUUACAGCCCAACAUCGCCAUCUUAUAGCCCGACAUCACCUUGUUAUAGCCCGACUUCACCUUGUUAUAGCCCGACUUCUCCUUCUUACAGUCCACCAUCAGCUAAUUACAAUUCUAUGUACGGUGGAGAAGCAUCUACAUCUCAACAUCAAUACGAAACAUCACCUGCCUACAGCCCAACAUCACCAUCUUAUAGCCCGACUUCUCCCUGUUAUAGCCCAACAUCACCGUCCUACAGUGAUUCUACGCCAGCUGCUGCUCCUCCACCAUCAGGAAAUCCGCCUCUCCGAUCUCAAUUGAUAACCACUCAACAAAAACCUAAGCGAAAGCGAAAACGAAAGAAUCCUCCUUCACACAAAGCAAAACGAACUGCGUUUUAUCGAAAAUAUCUCAAAAAUGGCAACAAUAAUUGA